UAUGAAACGAUAGUGGCUUUUGUUCUUAUCAAUAUUAUCAUCCUCCUCCCUCAACUUAUAGGCUUUCUUUUUCAUAUUUUACACACAACUAGACAAAAUCCAACCUAGAUAAUCUACUUAUGUUGCACCAAUGCUCUAUAUUGUGCCACGUCCAUUAACAUAUUCUACUUGAAUUAAACUUACAUGACAAAACUUGCAAAUUAAACACUACUAUAUGCUUCAUUUUCAUCAUUGUUCCUCCACCACUACCACCACCAAAACCGAGUUUUGCUACCCUGUCCUAUGUCUUGCACCGCCUUCUUUAGAAGGUUUCUCGUGUGGUUAGCUCUAGUGUUGGUUUUACGCGUGGUGUUGGGUGGCGAAGAUGGUCUAAAGAGUACUCAUAUGAUUACUAUGACCAAAUCCCAUUCUUUUCCAAAAUUUAGCACAUCUAUUAACCCAAGGAUUGAGCAUGAUAUUAAGCUACUAGGAAGUGCUAAGCUCUCUAGUGACAAGCAAAGCAUCCAAAUCCCGGAUAUUUCAGAAUUGGAUGAUCUUAGGCAUCAAGCAGGCCGAGCAAUCUACUCUUCACCUAUCAGGGUGUUUGAUCCUAAUAGCCAAACACCGGCUUCAUUUGAAACUACAUUCUCCUUCCAACUCAAUAACCAUACUUCACCCUUACCCUCUAAUAGUACUUCAGAAGAAGCUCAUGGAGGAAGUGGACUCACCUUCCUAAUCGCCCCGGAUGAGUUCACAGUAGGCCGACCUGGACCUUGGCUAGGAAUGCUUAACGACGCCUGCAAUGACAACUACAAGUUUAUUGCUGUCGAGUUCGACACACGACAAAACCCGGAAUAUGGUGACCCGAAUGACAAUCACAUUGGUAUAAACUUAGGUAGCAUUGUAUCAAAGUCCACCAUUAAUGCCUCAGAUUAUGGCUUAUCCUUUGAAGAUGGGUCAAUCCAUCUAGCACGGAUUACUUAUGAUGGAUCUACCCAAAGGAUGGAGAUAUGGGUCGAAUCAAACCCAAAGACUCCACUAAGAUCAGUGUUUUCUGAUGACAUUGAUCUCACACCAUUUCUUAAUGAGUAUAUGUUUGUAGGAUUCUCUGCUUCAACAGGAAACAAAACACAGAUACACAACAUUUUGUCCUGGAACUUUACCUUCACAACACCUGCAUUUCUCCGUUACCCAACAAGUGAAACAUGUGAUAGUAAGAUUUUAGUUGGUAAAAAUAGAGUUAGUGAGAAUAACAAGGUACCCAUUAAGAAGGAAAGGUCAUCUACCCCAUUUCUGAUCUUCAUUUGUGUUGUGGUGCUCUGUUUUCUGAUUUUCAUCAACCUUUAUUUCAAUGGCAAGAAAGCCAAAAAAUCUUAUGUUGGGUCAGCAUUUAUGUUCAUGCCGGAAAAGAAGCUGAGACCAACGCCGCCUAACAAGGCACGGAGGUUUACAAGGUCAGAAUUAUCAUUGGCCACAAGGGGAUUUAGUGAUUUGGAGGUUAUAGGGAGUGAUUCAAGCGGAGUUUUGUACAGGGGCACCUUGCCCAACGGGUGUCAUGUGGCUGUCAAGCGGUUCCUGAGUCAGUUCCUGGGCUCUUUAAGCAUGGAUAGGAGGAAAUUCUUGAAGCGAGUCGUGUCUUUGAGUCGGGUUAGGCACCCGAGUUUGGUGCCUAUCCGAGGUUGGUGUUAUGAAACACGGGUUUAUAUGGUGGUUUAUGAGUAUAUGUUUAAUGGAUGUGUUGAUAAGUGGUUGUUUGGUGUUGGGGUUUUACCUUGGAGUCGCCGGUUUAAGGUGGUAAAAAAUGUUGCUAAUGGGUUAAGCCAUCUUCAUUCACGUCAAAUUGCUCAUAACAACGUUCAAGUAAGCAGUGUUUUCCUCGACGUGAGCUUCAAGGCCGUGCUUGGUGAUUUUGGACUGAGUGAUCCAUUUGGGAUUGAUUCGACAUCUAGUCGAAGUGUUGACGUGUUCAACUUUGGCAUUCUCGUGCUAGAAGUCGUGUCCGGGAGAAAAAGAUGGGUUGCUGAGAAGCUCGAGACAGAUUCUAGAGGGUCGGGUUCCAGUCAAAGUGAGUUAGCCAUGGAUGAAAUGGACUUGCUGGAUUAUGCAUGGAUAAUGCAUGAAAGGGGUGAGAAAAUUAAGAUGGUUGAUCGAUUAAUGGGAUCCAUUGUUGACACUAAUCAAGCUUUGCGCGUUAUUGACAUUGCCUUGCUUUGUACCUUGCCCGAGAACAAUGGAAGGCCUAAAAUGGAGGAAAUAGUAACGUUCUUGACCAUGGACUGCAUCCUACCCGAGUUGCCACCAAAUCGACCUAUUGUAUUGUUUCCAUACAACAGUGGACCUCAUCUUUGUGGAGGCUAUGUUUGUGCUCCCUUCGGCUAGAACUUAAAGAAAAGGACCUAAAGAAAAUUGUAUGGAAAGCAAAGAUUGUUCACUAAAAGGAUGCUGUAGUAUGAAUUUGUGUGCA